AUGUUUUCUCCGUUAGUUGGACCGUUAAACAUAACUGUGCAAUUUUUCGACGCCCAAUCAACGCUUAAUAGGAUCCUACGUGGCCCGCUGACGUGGCUUAUUGAAAAAAAAACAAGUAAAAAAAAAAACAAUACUCACCUCUCAGUCCUUCCCCCUCCACUAAUCUCAUCUUCUUCUCAAAAUUUCCCCAACCCAACAAAAAAGCCAGCACAGCUCCGCCUCUGCCACCGUCUCUCCAGCCGGCAAAUCCACCACGCCCACCGCCGCCGCUCCUCCAGCUGUCACCCCAACCUCUUCUCCGACCAUCCCAUGUCCUUCCACUUCAACCCACUCCACACUACACCUAAAGCAGCUCCGAGCCCUCCAGUCCCUCAGCAUUCCAACGGCCAUAGACCCCUGCGCUCAGCCUUCCCCAUUCCGCAACGUCCUCUCCCUCCACCUCUCCAACUGCUCCGACGGCGUUUCCCUCUCCUUCACCGCCCUCAAGUCCCUCUCCACCCUCCAGUCUCUCUCCUUCACCAACUGCCCCAUUACCCCUAUCUGUUUCCCUUCAGAUCUCGCCCUCGCCCUCCGCUCUUUCACUUGUGCGCAUUCUCUCAAACACCUAACGGACGUCUAGCUCUCCCACUUCGUCAACCUCACCGUAACCGAUGUCCCCGUCAGCACCACCGGGCUCUACGUCGUCAUCGGGAAUAUGAACAAGCUCCGGUCGCUCACCAUCACGAAUGCGAAUCUCACGGGCUCGAUUCCUAA